GGUUUAAAGUUUACAUGUUUCCACAUGCUUCCGGAUGUUGCAGAACAUUUCUAAUUUUUCAUCACUUUUAAAUUUUGCAUUUAAAACGAAUGAUCUUUCCCUAAUGGAAUUUACCAGAUAUGAUCAAGACGUUUGGAUUAUGUAGACCAUUAUACACCUCACAAUAUCAAACACAUUUAUUAAGGUUUAUGUGUACAACAGUAAAACCAGGAGGUACAGAGACAAUGGAAUGUAAUACUGUUCAAGAAGGUAAAGCAGAGGUUCUGAUAGAAUGUAAUACUGUCAAAGAAGGGAAAGCAGAGGUUUUGUUUCCAAAGAAUGUUUUCUAUAACCCAGUACAGGAAUUCAACAGAGAUUUAUCUGUUGCUGUUAUAUCUCAGUUUGCCAAGGACAGGUUAACAGAUUCAACAGAUGGUAAAAAAUCUAAACAGUCGAAGGUCAAACAGGAAUCUGACUGUAUGAAAGUUGAUCAAAAAGAUGAAAAGAAAGACACUAUUGACAUUGUCAAGGAUGAAAAGGAAGACACUUCUUCUACUGACAAGGUCAAGGAUGAAAAGGAAUUGGAGUUAGAACCUGGGAAGAAGUAUGACAAUGGAAUUAAAAUUUUGGAAGGAUUAUCAGCUUCAGGACUAAGGUCAGUGAGAUUUGGAUUGGAAAUUCCUGGGGUCAAUUCCAUUAUAGCUAAUGACUUUGAUGAAAAUGCUGUUUCUUUUAUCAAUAAAAAUAUUGAAAAGAACAAUCUUCAGGAACUGGUCAGUUCAAGCUGUGAUGAUGCAGCCAUGGUAAUGUACAGAAAUAGGAAUCCCAAGGAACAUUUUGAUGUUAUUGACCUUGACCCUUAUGGAAGUCCAUCAAAGUUCUUGGAUGCCACUGUUCAAGCUGUUAAAGAUGGUGGUUUACUAUGUAUAACAUGUACAGAUGCUGCUGUUUUAUGUGGGAAUGCCGGUGAAACUUGUUACUCUAAAUAUGGAGCAAUGUCCUUGAGAACUACAUCAUGUCAUGAGAUGGGUUUGAGAAUUAUUCUACAGUGUAUUGAAUCACAUGCUAAUAGAUACUCUAGAUAUAUUGUACCUUUAAUCUCACUGAGCAUUGACUUUUACUUCAGAGUUUUUGUUAGGGUACAUACAGGUCAAGGUAAAGUGAAAAGGUCAGCUAGUAAAAUGGCUAUGGUUUAUAGCUGCAAUGAGUGUAAGUCAUUCUCUUUACAAAGAAUUGGAGCCAUGAUACCCACCAAGGGAAAUAACUUCAAGUACAGUCCAGCUACAGGCCCUCCAGUCACAGAUAAAUGUGAGCACUGUGGAAGUAAGCAUCACAUUGGUGGACCGAUUUGGGCAGAUCCUAUUUGUGACAUUGAUUUUAUUGACAGUGUGAUAAACCGAGUCAAUGACAAUAAAGAUUCCCUUAAAACAUCAGAGAGAAUUGUGGGAAUGUUAACUCUUCAGAAAGAAGAGUUACAAGAAGUUCCACUUUACUUCAAACUAGAUUCACUGUUUGGUUUUGUGCAUGCUGAAACCAUGCCACUUAUACAGUUCAGAUCAGCCUUAUUAAAUGCAGGAUAUAAAGUUUCAUUGUCACAUGCCAUGAAGAAUUCAAUCAAGACAGAUGCUCCUCACAAUGUCUUAUGGGACAUUAUCAGAGCUUGGGUCAAAGGUCAUCCUGUAAAACCAGCAAGAUUAGAAGAUACUGCAAUAAAAACCUUACUUGAAAAAGAAUGUUCUACUAAGGUAUCAUUUGAGGAACAUCCUGAGGCUAAUCCUCAAUCAAGGAAAGAUAAACUGCUCAGAUAUCAGGCCAAUCCUGAACCACACUGGGGACCCAAGGCUAAAGCCACACGUACAAUGUCAAAUGAGUUACAAGAGGAGAGAAAAAGGAAGUUACAAGGAAAAAAAGGCAAACAGAAGGAUCAGAUUGAGGAAGAGGAGGAAAAUGACAGAAAGGAGUCAGAUGGCAAUAAUGAAGAGGUGAAGAAAAGAAAAUUAUGUGAAAGUGAGUUAACAGAUCAAGAUCAGGAAAAUAGUGCUUGUCAGAAUGAGGAAACCCCUAAACCUAAAAAGCAGGCCUCUUGGAUAACAGCAAAAAACCCAGAAGAAAGGAGGAAAGAUCCAUGCAGACAUUUUAUAAAAAGGGGAAUAUGUAAUUAUGGAGAUAAAUGUAGAUUUCUGCAUUGCAUACCAUCUCAUCAAUCACCAGAGGGAUAUCCAAGAUAUUAGAACUGGAAAUUUGUUGUUGAUUGUUUAUACUGUUUUUAUGUCUGCAAAGAAAUAAAAAUUACCUGAUACUAAAGUAUAUCAGUUCGAUA